GAUGAUUUAUUAUAGAUGACAAGUUUUUGAAGUAGUGGAAAAUUAAUCACUAGCCAUCUUGUGCGACAUUUUCGUGCUAUUGAUGCGCUUCCGGUGUUCUAGAUUAUCUAAUUUUGCUUCAAAGAGAUUUCUAUUUGAACCAGAUGGCAGAUCGUUUAUGGAUUGUUUUUUUCACUACGUUUGCUUGUCUCGUUGGAGUACUUAACGCUAGCGGUGGUGAAUCAGAUCCAGUGUACAGGGCUUGUGUAGGGCAGUGUGAGACGACUGGUUGCGUGGCAGACAAAUGCUUUCAGCACUGCAGAUUCUCAUCUAAUGGUGUCCCUGUUGAUGGUCCGUGGUACAUGCAGGAACCACUUUACUUGCGGUGGAAGCAGUGGGAUUGCCAGAGUGACUGUCGGUAUAACUGCAUGGUUAAUAGAGAGAAAGAAAGGGAGAUGGCAGGGCACAAGCCUGUCAAAUAUCAUGGGAAAUGGCCCUUCAAGCGUGUCUUUGGGUUCCAGGAGCCUGCUUCUGUGGCGUUUUCUGCUUUAAACCUUGCAGUGCAGUUUCAUGGUUGGGUGUCCUUUUUUAUUCUGUUGUACUACAAGUUGCCUCUGAGGCAGAAUAAGAAAAUUUACUACGAGUAUACUUGCUUAUGGCAUAUUUUUGGACUCCUGUCAAUGAACUCCUGGUUCUGGAGUGCUUUCUUUCACAGUCGAGACGUGGAUCUAACUGAGAAGUUAGAUUACUCUUCGGCAGUGGUAUUAAUAGGAUACAUGCUUAUCCUGGCGAUCAUACGAACUUUCAGUGUGAGGGAUGAGGCUACCAGAGUGAUGGUUUCUGCUCCAAUAAUUGCAUUUGUGACAACCCACGUACUAUAUCUCAACUUGUAUCAAUUUGACUAUGGAUGGAACAUGAAGGUCUGUGGUGUAAUGGGUAUAGCUCAGCUUCUACUGUGGGCAGUCUGGGCUGGCAUCACAUGUCAUCCCUCACGGCGGAAGCUCUGGGUGGUUGUCAUGGGAGGAGGGCUGGCCGUGUUAUUGGAGAUCUAUGAUUUUCCUCCCUAUUGGGGAUAUCUGGAUGCACAUGCUCUCUGGCAUGCAUCCACCAUCCCCGUCGGCUUCCUUUGGUGGAGCUUCAUCAGAGAUGAUGCCGAAUACAGGACCAUGAGUCUCAUCAAGAAGGCAAAAUAGGCAAAUUCUCUCCUUACCCUGAUGCAUGCAGCGAUUAUAUUAACAGUGGGUGUUACAGAACUAUGCCACUGCCACACCUAUACUUUGUUGUAAUAAUUGGAAUUAUCUUUUCUCUCGUCUUUUUUUUUUCCCUCUUGCAGUUGUAAGAGGGAACUUUGUAGAAUUUUGUUUUAAGAUCUUUAGGAUCAUAGAUUCUCUAUAUGGAUGAUCCUCAGUAUUUAGUGUUUGGA